AUGACCAAGCAUGACCGCAAUCUGGUCGUGCUUCCCCAGGCUCCCGCUGCGGCGGAACUGACCCUGGCGGAACAGAUCCAUCCGGAGGAGCUCAUGCAGGUAGCAGUCCGCGAGGCCAUGAUGGUCCAAAAUCUGGAUGCCUACGCAAAUGAGGAUCGCGAGCGCUCCCUCUUCCUGAUGGUCAUGGCAAGCAUUGGUACCACCCCAGAAGCCCCGCAGUCAAAUCUGCAGGCCCAACCUGAGGCGUACCUGCAAACCCACUUCCCCCCCGGGUUCCACGACCGUAACCGCCAAGCAUUGGGCUCCACUGACUCCAAGCUCCAUAAACAGCUGGAAAAUGUCCGAUACCAGGUUCGGAACCUUGUCUGCACAGGUAUCCUCCUCAUGGGCUCCUCCCUGGUCCUGCCCUAA